CAAUGCCACACGAGGCCCCGAUACCAAAUCACCCCCCCCAACGGAGCUCCUUUUGACCACCAUCAUCUUCUCGACGCCUUUACCUCUCCUUCAACGCGUCGUUUCCUUCUUUUCCCAUCUUGAUUCCUUACCAUGACCACCCUUCAUCCCCCAAGGCUCGCUCCAAUCUUUGCUGGCACCCCCAGCGCUCCGGGUACGCCCGUUCAUUCCAUCCAGACGAUGAGGAGGAAGUCCGCUGGCCAUUCCGGGCCUUUGACCAAGAUUCUUGUUGCAAACAGAGGCGAAAUCGCCAUCCGUGUAUUCCGCACUGCUCAUGAGCUGGCAAUGCACACUGUCGCCAUCUACUCGUAUGAGGAUCGCUUAUCUGCCCAUCGUCAGAAGUCCGACGAGGCAUACCAAGUCGGCAAGGGUCUAACUCCCGUUGGCGCCUACUUGGCCCAGGACGAUAUUAUCAGGAUCGCAUUGGAACAUGGUGUCGAUAUGAUCCAUCCUGGCUAUGGUUUCCUCUCCGAAAACGCAGACUUUGCGAGGAAGGUUGAACAAGCUGGCCUUGCUUUCAUUGGACCUUCUCCAGAAGUAAUCGAUGGUCUGGGUGACAAGACCAAAGCCCGAACACUUGCUAUGAAAUGUGGUGUUCCCGUUGUUCCCGGAACCCCAGGACCCGUCGAGUCUUACCAAGAGGGAGCCGCAUUCAUCCAAGAAUACGGAUUCCCAGUUAUUAUCAAGGCUGCCAUGGGAGGUGGAGGUCGUGGUAUGCGUGUCGUACGGGAACAGUCUGACUUUGAGUCUUCGUUCGAGCGUGCUGUUAGUGAAGCCAAGUCUGCUUUCGGUGAUGGAACCGUGUUCAUUGAGCGUUUCCUCGAACGUCCCCGUCACAUUGAAGUCCAGCUCUUGGCCGAUGCCCAGGGUAACACAAUCCAUCUAUUUGAACGUGAUUGCUCUGUACAGCGACGUCAUCAAAAGGUUGUGGAGGUGGCGCCGGCAACUCAUCUCCCCGAGGAAGUCAGGCAGGCAAUUUUGUCCGACGCGAUCAAGCUAGCCAAGAGUGUAGGGUACAGAAAUGCGGGGACAGCAGAGUUUUUGGUCGACCAGAUGGGACGACACUACUUUAUUGAGAUCAACCCGCGUAUUCAGGUCGAACAUACGAUCACCGAGGAGAUUACUGGCAUUGAUAUUGUUGCCGCACAAAUCCAAAUUGCGGCGGGUGCCACAUUGCCACAGCUUGGCCUUACCCAAGAUGCAAUCACCAAGCGGGGAUUCGCUAUACAAUGCCGAGUUACCACUGAAGAUGCUGCGCAGAACUUCCAACCCGAUACCGGAAAAAUUGAAGUGUACCGAAGUGCGGGCGGCAACGGCGUUCGUCUCGAUGCAUCCUCAGGCUUUGCCGGUGCCCAAAUCACUCCUCACUACGACAGUUUGCUUGUUAAAUGUACUGUCAGCGGUACGACAUACGAAGUCGCCCGACGAAAGAUGCUACGAGCCCUUGUGGAGUUCCGAAUCCGUGGUGUCAAGACGAACAUUCCCUUCCUGUUCCGACUGCUCACGCAUGACAUUUUCAUCGGUGGUAAGACCUGGACCACGUUUAUCGAUGACACCCCCGAUCUCUUCAAGCUAGUUCAAAGUCAAAACCGUGCCCAAAAGCUGCUUGCUUAUCUUGGAGACCUUGCUGUCAAUGGCAGCUCUAUCAAGGGACAGACCGGCGAACCAGGUCUCAAAGACGAAGUGGUUAUCCCUAAAUUCCAAAGCCGUGAAGACCCUCUCAAUGGUGCACCCCUUGAUACCACCUAUCCUUGUGAAGUUGGUUGGAGAAACAUCAUCGUCGAGAAAGGUCCAGAGGCGUUUGCGAAGGCUGUUCGCGAAUAUCCCGGAACUCUGAUCAUGGACACUACCUGGCGUGAUGCCCACCAGUCUUUGCUUGCUACCCGUUUGAGGACUAUUGAUAUGGUCAACAUCGCCAAGGAGACGAGUUACGCACUGGCUAAUUGUUACAGUUUGGAGUGCUGGGGUGGUGCCACGUUCGACGUGGCUAUGAGGUUCCUGUACGAGGAUCCAUGGGAGCGAUUAAGGACUUUGAGGAAGCUCGUCCCCAACAUUCCAUUCCAAGCCCUCGUCCGUGGUGCCAAUGGAGUGGGUUACACCAGUUAUCCCGAUAACGCAAUCUACGACUUCUCCAAGAAGGCUGUCGAGAAUGGACUCGACAUCUUCCGUGUCUUCGAUUCCUUGAACUACUUUGAAAAUAUGAGACUUGGCAUAGAUGCUGCGAAAAAGGCUGGUGGUGUUUGUGAAGCUGUUGUUUGCUACAGCGGAGAUGUUGCCAGCCCCACGGAGACCAAGUAUACCUUGAAAUACUAUCUCGACUUCGUCGACCAAUUGGUCAAGGAAGGAAUCCAUGUUCUUGGUGUCAAGGACAUGGCCGGUUUAUUGAAACCCGAGGCUGCCAAGAUCUUGAUUGGUGCCAUCAGGCAAAGACACCCUGAUCUUCCUAUCCAUGUUCACUCGCACGAUACCGCGGGUAUCGCUGCUGCGAGCAUGAUCGCCUGUGCUGCGGCAGGUGCUGAUGUCGUUGACGUUGCUAUAGACAGCAUGUCGGGCUUGACGUCCCAACCAUCAAUGGGUGCCGUUUGUAUGGCACUUGAGCAAACGUCUCUUGGCACAGGCAUCCGGUUCGAAGACAUUCAAGCACUCAACUUGUACUGGAGUCAGGUUCGUAUGUUGUACAGCUGCUUCGAGGCUAACGUCAGGGCUUCCGACUCGAGUGUCUUCGAUCACGAGAUGCCAGGUGGUCAAUAUACCAACCUCAUGUUCCAAGCUUCUCAGCUCGGCCUGGGGACACAAUGGACCGUCAUCAAGCAAAAAUACAUUGAAGCCAACGAACUGUGCGGAAAUAUCAUCAAGGUUACACCGUCAUCGAAGGUUGUUGGUGACUUUGCCCAAUGGAUGACAUCCAACUCGUUCACCAAGAAAGAUGUCCUCGAGCGUGCGGAGCAUUUGGACUUCCCGUCAUCGGUCGUGGAAUUCUUCCAAGGUUAUCUUGGACAGCCUGUGGGAGGAUUCCCUGAGCCUCUGCGCACUCAAAUCAUCAGGAAUAAGCCAAGAAUUGACGGCCGUCCGGGCGCAACUAUGGAACCCCUGAACUUCAAGAAGAUCAAAGCGGAGUUACGAAGCAAGUUCGGUAAACAUAUCACAGACGCUGAUGUUACUUCGUAUGUGAUGUACCCGAAAGUGUUCGAGGAAUACCAGGGAUUUAUUGAGAAGUAUGGUGAUCUGAGUGUCAUUCCCACGAGAUAUUUCUUGGGUCGCCCAGAUGUCGGCGAAGAAAUGCACAUCUCUAUUGAGAAGGGAAAGACGUUGAUCAUCCGUCUUAUGGCCGUCGGACCGGUGGUCGAAGGGCGUGCUCAGCGCGACGUUUGGUUCGAAGUGAAUGGAGAGGUCCGAGCCGUGUCCGUGGAAGACAAGAAUUCUGCUGUUGAAACGGUUUCGCGGGAGAAGGCGACCACGGACCCAGGUUCCGUUGGCGCUCCAAUGUCCGGAGUCGUGGUGGAGGUAAGGGUGAAGGAAGGCCAAGAGAUCAAGAAGGGAGACCCCGUUUGCGUACUGAGUGCUAUGAAGAUGGAAUCUGCGGUGACCGCGCCGGUUUCUGGACACGUCAAGCGGGUGGUUGUUCAAGAAGGCGACUCCAUCAACCAAGGCGAUCUCACGGUCGAAAUUGUACAUUAAUGCACCAUAUAGAGAAGUAGAAAGAUGAAUUGUACUGUUAGCUACCUUGUUGUAAAUUGUGACGGAAUCAAAAACUCAUUCUUGGCUUGGUCUAAAACAUACGGUGCUGGUCAUGUCAUUUCCUGUCAGUUUGAAGGAUCGCGUCAAGAUGAUUAUUGGUACUUGGUAGCUGAUUCCUUUGGUUGUCAUGUGUCGCAGUUUUUGGUGACGG